AUGGGGUUGGCGACGAAGGUGUGCCAUUGGUUUUUCAUAGGACUGGUCCUGGUGCUCUCUUCGAAGAGUCAGGCCAACCAAGACACUACAGUUCAUCCAAAAAAAUUCCAUCUUGAAAGGAUCGAUACCGUUAGAAUUCCAUUGCAUAAUGAAACAAGUGAUAGCAAUCGUACAACCGAACGGCUUUUAAGUCCAGUUAUUCGUAAACGAAGAUACGUUCGUUUUCCUAGCGGUCCAGGUGGUUAUGUUCUCGAAACGAGUGGCCCGGCUAUUGGGCCAAGAAACGUUGGGACUUAUCCAGCUGCACGUUUCGGACCCCAAGCACAAUUUUCAUCACCUUGGAGACAGUACAAGUCCCUUUGGAGAAGUCCCGUUUCUGAAUACUCCAGACCGGUGAUGGGUCAUCGAACUCCAAGGUUGAUAUUUCGUGACAACGAUUUUCUACCGCCUGCUGGUGGAGGAAGUACAACUUUCUUUCAAUCCAAUCAGCUGCCUGACUUUGAGGAUGAUGUUAGAGAUCAUCGAAAACAAACGUUAGAAGAUUAUCCAAGGCUGGAAACAGAAUCUCGUCAAGAGAAAAGACCUCUUUGGAAGGGCGACGAUACUUUGUGCGCCGACGGACGAACCUGUGAAUUUUUUCUAAUGUGCUGGAUGUCCGCCGGCUUAUUGGAUGGCAGUUGCGGUGGCAUUAUGUUCGCUUGUUGUCAACGAAAAGAUCCUAAAACAAUCUCCGAUUCUAACUUCCUCGAAACGCCUCGAGAUCAAUCUUCUCAACAACUUCCGCUGGAAACUUACACGGACUCUACCAAUGACGAUCAUUGUGGUAUACCAGUUUCAAAGCAAACAGCCCAAAGAAGAAUCGUCGGCGGGGACGAGGCUGGUUUUGGAAGUUUCCCUUGGCAGGCCUACAUUCGAAUAGGAUCCAGCAGAUGUGGUGGUACGUUGGUUAAUCGGUACCACGUUGUAACAGCUGGUCAUUGCGUAGCGAAAGCUUCAGCACGUCAGGUACAAGUUACCCUUGGAGAUUACGUAGUCAAUUCAGCUACCGAAUCACUGCCAGCUUACACUUUUGGUGUUCGAGAAAUUCGUGUUCAUCCGUAUUUCAAAUUUACGCCACAGGCUGACAGAUUCGACGUAGCAGUGCUCAGAUUAGACCGACCGGUUCAUUAUAUGCCACACAUUUCACCUAUUUGUUUGCCAGAAAAAAAUGAAGACUUUUUAGGUCAAUACGGCUGGGCUGCUGGAUGGGGUGCUCUUCAAGCUGGUUCGAGAUUACGACCAAAAACACUUCAAGCAGUUGACGUACCAGUUAUAGACAAUCGUAUUUGCGAAAGGUGGCAUCAUUCGAACGGUAUUAACGUGGUCAUCUAUGACGAAAUGAUGUGUGCUGGUUAUCGUAGCGGUGGUAAAGAUUCAUGCCAAGGUGACAGUGGUGGUCCUUUAAUGUUAGAGAAAACAGGAAGAUGGUAUCUAAUAGGAAUCGUAUCAGCUGGUUAUUCUUGUGCUCAACCAGGACAACCAGGGAUUUAUCAUCGCGUAGCAAAGACAGUUGAUUGGAUAACUUACGUUAUAAACUCGUAGCAUCCAAUACGGAUCAAUUUUUCUAUCUCGCUCGUUUUUAUUUGCGUACAUCAUGAACUUUGCAUGACACAAAGUUCUUGAAUGAAAUAAUUUGAAUA